ACUGUGAGCACAGACAUGCUGGAGAUCCUGGGGGACGACUCGUCUAAGACCUUGGGGAAAGGAAGCCCGCUUCCGGGCCCGGUCCCAGAAGGUCUGAUCCGCAUCUACAGCAUGAGAUUCUGCCCGUAUGCGCACAGGACACGUCUGGUCCUCCGCGCCAAAGGCAUCAGACAUGAAGUUAUCAACAUUAACCUGAGAAACAAGCCUGAGUGGUACUAUACCAAGCACCCUUUUGGCCAAAUUCCUGUCUUGGAGAACAGCAAAUGUCAACUGAUCUAUGAAUCUGUUAUCGCCUGUGAGUACCUGGAUGAUGCCUAUCCGGGAAGGAAGCUGUAUCCAUAUGACCCCUAUGAGCGAGCUCGCCAGAAGAUGCUAUUGGAGCUAUUCUGUAAGGUCCCACAGUUGACCAAGGACUGUCUGGUAGCAUUGAGAAGCGGGCGAGAAUGCACUGACCUGAAGCUAGCCCUGCGGCAGGAAUUCUGCAACCUUGAAGAGAUUCUGGGCUAUCAGAACACCAUCUUCUUUGGUGGGGACUGUAUAUCCAUGAUCGACUACCUCUUUUGGCCUUGGUUUGAGCGGCUGGAUGUAUAUGGAAUAUCCGACUGUUUGAACCACACACCAGCCCUGCGGCUCUGGACAGCGGCCAUGAAACAGGACCCCACAGUGUGCUCUCUUCUCAUAGAUAAGAAUGUUUUCCUGGGCUUCUUGAAUCUCUAUUUUCAGAACCACCCUGAUGCCUUUGACUAUGGGCUAAACUGCUGAGCUUCACCGUCACCCUGCCACAUUCCAGAAUUCCCAAAUCUGCUGUGACUCUGCACCUGGAAUUGUUUGGGUGGGUCAAUCAAUCUCUAUUCAUAGGUCCCUAAUAAACAUGGAGACAGAAAAUGUAUUCUUUCUUA